AGAUGAUUAAAAACAUGCUUGUUUGUCAAUCCUCAAAAAGCUUAUAAAUAGAGGUAAUCAACAUUAUAAGGGCAAAAGAAAUGAUGGCAAGUUAUAGUCCUCUACGCCUUCUCAUACUUGUAGUGCUUUUAUUUGAAUGUUGGGCUGUUUCCACGGCCAGAUCCUUCGAUUUCUAUUAUUUCGUGCAGCAGUGGCCGGGAUCCUACUGUGGUACAAGAAGAGGGUGCUGUUAUCCUCGUACGGGGAAACCUGCAUCAGAGUUUUCCAUUCAUGGCUUAUGGCCCAACUAUAAAACUGGAAAAUGGCCCCAGUUUUGCAAUCCUUCUGAUGAGUUUGACUUCUCGCAGAUCUCGGAUUUGGUGGGGGAGUUGAACAGUCACUGGGGAUCGCUGAGCUGCCCAAGCAGCAAUGGGCACAAAUUCUGGAGCCACGAGUGGGAGAAGCAUGGCACCUGCUCUCUCAAUCUGGAGCAGCAUGAAUACUUCAACAAGGCUCUUGCUUUGCGAAGCAAGAUUGAUCUUCUCGGUGCCCUUAAAUCUGCAGGUAUCAAACCAGAUGGAGGAGAUUACAGCGUGAGUGAUAUCAAAGAAGCGAUUCGAAAUGCCAUUGGUGAGGAAGUAGGAGUGGAUUGUAACGUAAGCGAGGAUGGCGAGUAUCAGCUGAAUGAGAUAUACGUGUGCAUUGAUAAAUCUGACGCUUCCACAGUUAUCAAAUGCCCUGUUUACCCACACAGCAAGUGCCCUUCUACUGUUAAAUUUCCUCUUUUCGGAGACGAGGAAGAGGAUUCAACUUCUUCCCACCAAAACACUGGUUCAGACGAGUUGUAGGUCGAAGAAGUCCACCAAAGACAGAAAUUUGUGAAAUAAAGUUUUCCAUGCAAAGCUAACACUCCACGUCAUGAGCACCAGCAUUUUUUCUUUUCUUUUCAUUGUUGACAAUCGCAUGUUUUAUGCUUUCUCCCUGAACUUUGCGUUUCAUAAUGUCAAAUGAGUCGGUGGAAAUAAUUACAAGAUACUUUUAAAUCUU